AUGUCACAUGGCCAUUCUCACCAUCAUGAGAGGCGAAAUGUCUUCUCAGAUAUAGACAGCUUCUUUGGAAUCAGCGAUGAUAAGAAGACGACGACAUCAGCUGUUGAAGACGCCGUCUCCAUUGUAUAUGUGACUGCGUCGCCCACCUUUACAGGCGCAAUAGGAGGAUAUGUCACUGGCACUGAUCCUGCCAGUACUACUGAACCCACAUCGUCAGUCGCCGAUUCUACGUCUGAACCUUCUCAGACAUCAACAGUAGCUCCGGAGACCACCAGUAAGCCUACUACGUCGACAAGCUCAACCAGCUCAACCAGCUCCACGAGCUCGAAAAGUUCAUCAACCAGCUCGUCAACUAGUUCGUCGACCUCUUCAUCGACAACCUCGAGUCAAUAUACGUCCACUUUUUCAACAGCCACUUCCGCGACUGCCUCAUCGUCCACCACAUCUUCGAUCACCAGUGCAUUAGACCAGGUUUCUUCGUCGACUGCUUCUGCUUCGUCCACUGCGUCUGCAUCGAGUUCUAACGGCCUCUCGGGAGGUGCUAAAGCAGGAAUUGCUAUCGGUGUCGUAUUGGGGGUGGGUAUUAUUGCAGGGUUGAUAUUCUUCUGGCUGCACAGGCAGAGAAAGAACAGACAGCAAGCGGAAGCCGCGGUGGCGGCAGAAAAUGAGAAAUUUAGUGCACCAAGACAAGCACCAUCACCACCAGUAGCCAGCGUUCCCGCACCGUCAGUUGCAAUGGCAACAUAUCCCUCCAAUCCAUCAAGGCGUUCCGUCGCCCCUCGUGUCAGCUUGCGUCCAAUUACUCAAUUCAAUCCUCUCUUCAAUCAACCUGCUGAAGGAGCUGCUGGCGCAGCAGUGGGCACCGCAAUGACAACUACGGCCGGCGCAGCUGGUCUUGCACAUAUUGAAGAAACGUCCGAGCGUCCCUAUGGUGGUUCAGCGCAUAUUCCUCCACAAGCCGAGCCUCGUCAAGAUCCAUUCACAGAUCCUGCUAACCCAUUUGACAAUGGCGCCCAUGCUGGGUCUCCUCCUUCACCUAUUUCCAAGGAUGCGCCUUCAGCUUCGUCUCCAGUGAGAGACCUGACCUCCUCGCCAACCGGGAGCAUUUCUGAUGUUCCUAACCCUCCUGCCGUACCUGGAUCGUCUACUGAGCCAAUCGAAGCUACAGCCGCUGGUGCAGUCGCAGCUGCGGUUAUAGGAGGCGAUGCUGCCAGCGCAGUCUCAAAGUCUGAUGAUAAGCCUGCUGAAACACGCACUCAGUCCCCCGAAUACGUUGAAAGUUCCGGCUCUCGACCCCAAUCUCCAGUCGUAGGUGGCGCGCCAUUCUCUAGCAACGUCCACCGAGUGCAAAUGGAUUUUGCACCUUCUUUAGCCGAUGAAAUGGAACUCCGCGCUGGUCAACUAGUGCGAUUGUUAAAGACAUAUGAUGAUGGAUGGACCCAAUGCUCUAGUAUGGAUGGUACAAUCAAAGGUAUCGCGCCACGCACCUGUCUCUCUGCAAGACCGCUUCAGCCUCGACGCCCACCAGGUCCUCCUGGUCCCGGUCCUCGGGGUCCGCCAAUUAUGGGACCCAAUGGUAGGCCCAUGUCCCCAGGUGGCGGCCGUAUGGGACCUCCGCCGGCCCAAAGAGGGGGUCCUCCACGUUUCUACAGUGACGGUCGUCCUAUGACACCCACAAAUUCCGGCUUGCCGCAAUUCCCACCUCCCCCCGGAAGCCCACGUUCGAUGUCUCCGGGACCCGCUCGUGGUAGUGUCGAUGCACCCUUCCCAUUGACACCGGGAGGUUCACGCCCGGCCAGUCCAGCUGGUAGACGAUCGCGUAGUAACAGUGCCAGUGUAGGCCAGAUGGGUGGACGUCCGGUUAUUCACCACGGACAGAGUCCUCUUGCACCGCCAACUGGUCCUUUACCCGGCCCUCCUGUUGUACAUCCAACCCCGGCCUCGGUUCCCUCUGGACCGCCUCCACCACCACCACAACUUCAAAUCAAUGGACGUCCGCAGUCACCUAUCGAGAGGAAGGCUGUCGGCGGUCAGCAAUAA